AAACAAGUGAGGGAGAUAAAUGUGCUUCAAAACACGCAUUUUGGAUAGUUUAAGUCGUGGUUUAAAGGCUCUCAAAAAACUUGAACCUAGAUUCUUUCAGCGAAUUAACAGUUAGCGUAAGCUUGGAGAGAUAUCCUUCUCGUGACUCGAUAUAUAGCAAAAGUGCAAAACCUGUUCGAUUUUUACGAUAGGAAGCUAUUGCGUACAAGCAAACUAACUGUAGGUUGUGGAAAGUCCGACAUCAGAGUGAAGUUUUUAUCCCCGGAAUACAAAAUGGGUAAGCAAUGCAGGUUACUUUUACAUCUUUCACUUUGCAAUGUCAUUCUCACUCUGCCCUUUGCAUCGAAACAUGUCAACCAUAUUGCUUUGUUUGCGUUUGUGCGUUUUAUAUUUAUAUCUGAAUUUUAAAGUCCUUGUAUUACUUAAUCUGGAAAAAAACACUGUAAUAAUUUCGGUGCAAUUCUUCACCUUAACAUACUUAAUAUGAAAUAAGUUCGGCGUUCAGGGGAAUAAAGGAGACCGUAAGGAAAAGCUAUACUUCCAACCAUUCGAGAUUUAAAGAAAAAACAUACUCUAAUGCACAUAUUACCGUCAUUGUCUUUUGUACAGCUCGUUCUAAACAGCGGUCAGUAUUUUUAAAGCUUGAACGAACAACAAUAACUCUUUUCUUUGUUAUUAACACAAUUUGUACUGAGCUUCAAAUCGUGGCCGUGGUCAAAGAUUUCGAACUUAUCAAAGGUUCGCAGCGAUUUGUCUAAGAGUUCCAGGUUGAUGAUCCUAUUGAAGGUGAACUAAUGAAUCUCAGAGUUUCUGCGAGCUGUCAAAGUUUGAUUAUAGAUUUAGCUCACAGUUGUUGCAUCCCUUCCGAGGGAGAAAACGUCAAUCUUAUUAAUAAGUUAAUGGCGAAAAGAAGGAUCCUAUUCAAUUCCUAACUGUCUACCCUCCCUUAAGUAAUCUAACACAUACAUAGAUAUACCUGGUUGAUUUUUUUAUCACUGUUAGCCUAGUUAUUACUUAUGGAAUUCACUAGCUGUUAGUUAAGAAAUUAAACUUAAGGCCUGGCAUAUUAUUAUAUUUCAGCUGCACACGGGAGAUGUACAGUUAAACGCACUUGUUGGUCUUCUAAUGGUUGAACUUCCUUCUCCAUGUCAAGGCGCAAGUCUUGAUGAAAAAGGAAGUGUUUUUGAGGUAUUGAGGUAAAGUGCAUACAAUCCUGAACUGACUUUGUUGUUAAAUGUCAGUGUUGUGGUUGUACUUAAGUGGUCUGACAGAGCUGCAGGCAGAUCAAUACCCUGUACUAACUGAGUUCAGGGUCCAUGUUGUAAGUAAUGAGGACCAAGUUUUUUGCCCAGAUUUAUGGCCCAAGUACAAGGUAAAAAGCCAUAAAUCCGAGCACAAAUAACAAGGUUCCCUAACUUACAGUAGGGACCAAGAAAACAAGGUUGGCAAGAUAUUCAUCAUAUUUGUGGGUUGAGAGGUGAAGAUUUCAAUGCAAACAGAACAGCCAUUGAUGAAUUACUUGCAGAAAAUCCUUUUCAAAGGGAAAUUUUAUUAGCUUGUAAAAUCAUCAGUCUUAGAGGCCAAAUCAAAAAAUACCUUUUAAAAACUAGAAGAAGCUAACAGUUUUUGUAAAGUUUCUGCCAUGAAUCAGCGCACAACAAAUUUUGAAUUUAGCAGCCUGUCGAGUGAAAUACAGCCUACCAUAACUUUAACAUUUACGACAAUUAUUACUUGUCUUGUGGAACAAUGCAACUGUGAGCUUGAGUCAAUCAACAGAAUGGCUGAUUGGAAUAUUGUUUACAUUUUAUUACAGGAAUUCUUUCCAACCAACAAAGUACAAACCCAGCCUCCUUCCACUCUUGGUCUGAUACAUACCAUGAACCGUGGGUGUGGAGCAGUGAAGACAAGUCACCAUCAGUGUACCUUUGCCUAAAUAACAAAGUCGCAUGCUUUUACAUUGAUCCAGUGAUUGAGAGCACAGGAACAGCUGGUGUCCGUGGUACUAAAGCUUUCACACAUGGGCAACAUUACUGGGAAGUCAAGUUAAGCUCUGUCUUUGGCACAUCAAUCAUGAUUGGUGUGGGGACAAAGGAAGCUGUGCUUCAAACUAAUGACUACGAAUUUGUGGAUUUGAUUGGAAGGGAUGAUCAAAGUUGGGGAUUAUCUUAUAAAGGAAAGGUUUGGCACAAUGGCCAGGCCCGACGAUACUGUGAACCCUUUUACGAUUCUACCGUCAUUGGCGUAUUACUUGAUAUGGAUGCUGGCAUCCUGUCAUACUUUAUGAAUGGAAGACCAUUAGGAGUUGCAUUUACUGGACUGUGUGACAAAGCAUGUGAGCUAUACCCAAUAAUUUCGUCUACGUCAACUCUUUCUGAGAUAGAGCUUUGUGACAGUACUUGUAGGUAUGUGUNGCUAAGCUCUGUCUUUGGCACAUCAAUCAUGAUUGGUGUGGGGACAAAGGAAGCUGUGCUUCAAACUAAUGACUACGAAUUUGUGGAUUUGAUUGGAAGGGAUGAUCAAAGUUGGGGAUUAUCUUAUAAAGGAAAGGUUUGGCACAAUGGCCAGGCCCGACGAUACUGUGAACCCUUUUACGAUUCUACCGUCAUCGGCGUAUUACUUGAUAUGGAUGCUGGCAUUCUGUCAUACUUUAUGAAUGGAAGACCAUUAGGAGUUGCCUUUACUGGACUGUGUGACAAAGCAUGUGAGCUAUACCCAAUAAUUUCAUCUACGUCAACUCUUUCUGAGAUAGAGCUCUGUGACAGUACUUGUAGGUAUGUGUCGUUGCAAGAUCAAUGUCGAAUGACAAUAUCCAAACUUGUUAAGAAGGACAAAAUAGACUUUCUUCCCCUUCCUAGAGGUAUAUGUCAGUCUCUAAAAGGGAUUUAGUUAGUCCAUGUGUUAUUUCUGAAUGUAUUAUCUGCUGUACAUAAAUUUGUAAAUGAUUUGUACAUAAACAUUUUAAUAAGCAUUAGCAUAGUGGUUUAUAUGAUGCUGACAUUUCACAUUAGUUUGUUGUCACUAAACAAGUCGAACAUUCUAUGUGUUUGAGUUUUCAUUAUGUGUUAAAAAAUUCAUGCAGCUAGUGAAGAAGAAAAACACAACUGGUCACAUUUUUUGAGGCUUGAGUUAUUUUCUAUUUUUGUUUCAAGGGAAUUUCGUAUGUUUGUUUGAAAAGUUCAAAAUCUGGGAUAACCAGCCAGCACCAGUUGUUCAAAAGGUGGAUAGUGCUAUCCACCUGAUAAUUCACUAUCCACUGGUUAAUGCAAUAAUAAUAUAUUUAUUGGUUUCCUUAAUAUUUAUCUACUGGAUAGUGAUUUAUCUGGUG